GUCUUGACUCUCCACAGUAACUUAGCUCUACUUAAGGAUGAAGAUGGUUUGGAGGUGAAGAUUGUGAAGCCGAUCAAGAAGGAGCUGUGCACGGUCGUCUCCAAGCCAGGUGACGAAGUCGAGCAGUUCUAUAGAUUGACCGACAAAGACGGCAAGGAAAUCGGCAGCAACUUCGGCAAAAAACCAUAUACCUUCGUCCUGGGUAAAAAUCAAGUUAUUGCCGGCAUGGACCGAGCAAUGACUGGCAUGUGCAUCGGAGAGAAGCGAAAGGUCGUCAUCCCUGGAGCGCUCGGAUUCGGUGACGGUGGAAGAGAAAGAGAUAACAUCGCCAAAGACCAGACGCUCUACUACACCGUGCAGUUGGUCGAUAUCUUCCGUGGUGUCCCCGGCGACAAAUGGGUAACCGACGAGGGUGUCGAAAUCGAGGUGACACACAAAAUCGAUGAGGACAAAUGCCGCAAAUCCGAAACUGGAGAUACCAUCCAUCAGCAGUAUGAGCUUCACCUUGAGAACGGAACUUUCGUCGACUCUUCCUACUCACGCAGCAAGCCAUACAUCUUCCAACUCAACCAAGGAAAAGUCAUCAAGGGAAUGGAUAUCGCAAUGACGAAUAUGUGUGAGGGAGAACGUCGCCACGUUGUCAUCCCAUCCGAUAUGGGUUACGGCGAUGAGGGACGACUUCCCCAGAUCCCCGGCAAGGCCAAACUCGUUUUCGAUAUUGUCCUUGAGAAGCUCAUUAAGAAAGAUGAACUAUAA